AUGUCUCUCUUUGCCUGGUCACUCUUCAUGAAAUCAACGCAACACUUCCAACAUCGAGCGUGCCUCUCUACCUAUGGCAGUUCUAUCCAUGCGCUUGCAAUUUCCAAUGAUGGCCAAGCUCUUGCAUGCGGUGGCACCGAGGGCGUUAAACUCUGGGAUACCAGAUCACGAAAAGAACUCACAUGCUCUCCCCUUAACUGCGAGUUGCGGGGUACAGUCAGCUGCGCUGUCUGGAUCACCACAAGACUAGGCAUGGCGGAAACACUUUGUUAUGGAACCGGUUUAGGUUAUGUGGCAUUCUUGCGGCAUAGCCCAAUAGAUGAGAUUUGUGUUAGGAGACUCGGAUCGGGCUUUGAAAUUACUUGCAUGUCAUGGGAUCUGACGUCCUCCGAUGCAGGUGUGCGGAUAGCAAUCGGAAUGAGGGACAAAAUAGUUCAGGUCCUUGUCCUCAACACAAAUUCGCAACUGCAGGCUACGACCGAGGUGUCUGCAUUUGGACUGUACAAUGGUAAUUUCAUCAAGUUGAAUGGCGACAACAGCACAGUGGUGAAGGAGUAUACCUGUAAAUCAGUGAUCAGUCACGCAGCCAUCAAUCAGAAGAGAGGCGUGUUUGUGGUCAACAAUGCAGCAGACGGUUUUACGCUGUACCGACUUGACAGCAACGAGGAGCCAGUUCGAACAUUCGUAACUGCUCCUCCAAGUGUGUCAGUACCCAAACAGGUGGCAUUCGGAGCAGAAGGAAGAUUGAUUGUAGGAGGAAGCGACAAUGGAUCAGUGUAUGUAUUUGAAAGGAAGACAGGCAAGCUACUUGACACUCUUCGCCACUCCAAUGGAGGCCUGGUGCAGACCAUCGCUACCCGAGAUAUUGAUGGGCGCUGCACAGUCGCCACUGCAUCACCAGCGCUAGGCCGCAGCAAAGCCACAAUUAACUUAUGGGUCCACGACUACAGCAUAGGAAAGGCGACUCUUACCUCUAAAGAUUCCUGGUCAUUAUUACAUAUGCUGAAGCGCAUGUUUACGCUUCUGGUUCACUUAAGUGCCUUGGCGCUCAUCGUCUCCUUUCUGAUAACCAGCUACUCUGACACGGUGGUGACAUGGUCAAUAGACAUCGCCCAGUGCAUGAGACCAAUGCACAUGUUCAUCUUUCCCGCUAGCAACCCUCCACAAAGUGCAGUAUUUGAAGAAGCACCAUAUAUCCAAGAGGCGGUACGUGAAAAGAGCGACAUCUUGAUACUCCAUGAACUGGCCGAAAAGCUCAUGGAAGUCAUUCGAGAAGCAAAACGAGAUGUGGGCGAGGAUCUUCAUCAUGUAAUAAAACACGACAUCACCGCCGAAGUAGAAAGGGUCUUCCAUCAGGCAGUGCAGGCAAGAAAGGACGACAUCAGAGGAACUCGGAGAGGACAGGAUGGUUCGGGGAAGGAGGUUAUUCUCGUUUAG